UACUCGGGAGCAGGUGGCGUAGGUCUCCUCUGCUGCAGGUGUAGUUAGUAGACGAUUGGUGCAUGGCAGGCAUAGCCAGCUAGAACAGCUGUUUUCCUCGUUGACGUUGCUUCUCACCGUUAUUCACUGGAUAGUCGACUCGCGUUCGCGUUGAUAAGGAUCGCAUGCGUAUUAGCGGUACAUGUGUGCUUGUAACGUUAAUGUAGAAUCCACGUGUCACCUCUGAAGGUUUCUUCUGGCGGCAUUCCCCUUCAUUCUGAUUAGACCGAAUCAAAUCAGCACUGUUCUAGAAAGGCCAAGAAGUCUCGAGAGGGCAACACACACCCACGAUAGGGUAACCCAGUCUAGGUGCCGACGGGCACUCGGAAAGGAAGCAAGGUGCGAAGCGACGUCGGCCUGGGGAAGAGGGAAAGCGCGCUGGGAUCACUGCGCCCGCAUUGCUGCUGACAGCGGCUGUCUCCUGCUGCACGGCGCACGCUGAAACUCAGUCGCUCCAAGGGGGGGUCGUUUCAAGAGGGGGGAACUUCGUUUUACGUGGAAGACCCGAAGGGGCUGUUUGGGAGCAGGAGAGUGCAACCAGUUCAGGUGUUCCAGGGGGGCGAAGACUCAUGCGAACAGGGGCACCGGGUCAAGAAAGAGUGCGUAUGACGAGAUUCGCAGUUCUCGCGUAAUGCGCUCAAUGCGACUCGAUCUUGAACGGUUCUAUCAGCAGCUUCCCCUAAGUGCGCGGAGUGGGCGGAGUGCAGUGCGCGGAGAUCUCGAAUGUUUCUACCAGCAGCUUCCGCUGCGGCCUGCUCUCGCGUCUACGGCGAUGCGUUAGGGAUGUGGCGGCUCUGCCAUUAGGAGCAGCGGUAUUGGCGGAAGGCGGCAGGCGGAAGGCAGAAGCGGAAGUGAAAAGGGAUAGGUGGAAGCGGAAAGGGACCGGGAAAGGCGGAAGCGGAAAGGGACCGGGAAAGGCGGAAGCGGAAAGGGACCGGGAAAGGCGGAAGCGGAAAGGGACCGGGAAAGGUGGAAGCGGAAAGGGACCGGGAAAGGUGGAAGCGGAAAGGGACCAGGAAAGGGAAGUUGGAGGCCAGUGGGCAGGCAAGUAGGGCCGCCUUCCGUCUCCCUCCUCCAUGCCCUCCCAGACCACCCAGCCGUCCAAUCUCUCCCCCCUCUUCCCUACAAUACAACCCUCCCCAGAUCCUGCCUCCUCCUCGUCUCAGCCUUUCCCUGAUCCAGCCCCCUCCUCCUCUCAGCCUUCCCUUGACCCCUCUCCCCCUUUCACCAAACCCACACCCCCAACUAACUCUAGCAAAACCCGACCGGGGGAACCAUCAGAGUCUACCAUUGCUCUACCAGCCGACCCAUCUAAGUCCGACAUCGACCUCCCAGCAGAUCCCAGGGAGCUUGCAACGCCCAUUCCCUCUCAGGGCGGGCUCGGGGGACUGCUGCAGCUGAGCGACCCCUCCGCUCCUCUCCCUCCGCCUCUCACCCCGUCACCAUCACCACCGCCACCCUUCCCUUCCUCUCCCCCCCACCAGUCUCCUUCCUCUCCUAACCAGCCCUCUCGUCGUCCUCCUGCUUCUCCUCCUCCUCCGGGUCGCACCCAGCCACCUCCUGCUCUGAAUCCCCCACCAGGUCCCCUCGUCUCUAACGGAAGCAGCAGCAACAGCAGCAACACGCCGUUUCUGUAUCCUCCAGCUCAUCCCUUCGUUUCCACCUCUCCCCCUCUCCCCACGGACCCAAUCAUCGCCUCCCCUCCCCCCUCCGCCGCCUUCUCCGCGCCCCUCUUCAUCGGCGUCCUCGUGGGAUUCUCGCUGCUCCUCUCCGCCCUCCUCCUCAUGCUCUACUGCUUCGUGGGAGACAGGGGCGAGAGGCCGGGGGCGCGACGCCCCUGGCUCUUCAGGCCGUCGCCCUACAGCCAGUCUUCCGCCGCUUCUACCAGUGAAAAUGGAGUGCCCCCCUCAACGAGUACAAACACAGCAGCAGCCCCCUCCUCGUCCGGGGAUGCUGGGGUGGGAAGUGAUGGCAGUGGCAGCGUGUCUUUGCACGCUCUGUCGAGCCAAGCUGGUGAUUGUGACCCUGAGGUUGGGGGGGAGGAUAGGAGGGAGGAAGGGGACGGGGGCAAGCACAAGCGGAAGGGGAAGAGGUGGAGGAUUGUUCGGAUUGGAAAAGUAGGUUCGGGAGAAAGCGGGCUAGGUUCGGACGCAGGCUUGGGUGAUUCUUCGUCAGCUUCUGGAAGCAGCAGGACGAGUAGCAGCAGUGGUGGGAGCGUAGAUUCGUCUUCUUUCCCCGAUCCUUCCGCCAGGCCUCCCAAGCCGAAGCACAAGUCUUGGUUGAGUGCGCUUUCAGGGAAAUGGGGCGACAAGGGGUUGAAUAGUGUAGCUGCGGAUUUUGAGGCGCAAUUGCGGAAGGCGAUACGAGAAGAAGGGGAGUCUGCAUCGAUGUGGGCGAUGGAUCGCUCUAUAGUGAGUAUACCAUCUGGGAGGGAGUUUGUUGAAUGUACAAAGUCUGGACGGAUGGUUUUUGACAUGGAGGGGACUCUGGUGGAGAUCGAGGAGGAAAGCGGGGGAGAGGAGGAAGACGAAGGAGACGAGAAGGAUUGCGAGAAAGAAGUGGAGUGCAUGGACAAGGAAAGCGGCUCUUCCCCAGCUCCCUAAUGGAAGGACAAAAGUUGGUAGAAUAUACGACCAUACGGCUGCGUGUCAAUUGAUUAUUGGUUGACACGUACUGCCUAUCCCAGUCAUACCAUGAAAAGAGUGCCUAGAAGCACAUUUUGGAAGUGCAAUAGCCAUUUGAUUACAUUGUUAGUGGUUUUUGCCUUUGUGUGAUAGUGCUAGCUCCCUGCAAAUACAAAACAGUCUCGAUG